UCCGACCGAGCCUAAUGAGAGGUGUCCAGAGCACACACACAAGCGGGACAGGGCCGCUUCUCAUCCUGGAAGUCUUAGACUUCCAUAGUGACUGACCCUACCGGCCAAUUCUGACGAGACGUGUCCAGAGCAUACGCGCAAGCGGGACAGGGCCGCUUGCCGUUCUGCAAGUCUCACCCCUAUACAUGGUCCUGGUCGACAUUGCUCAUUACAUUGGCGUUGUGAAAUAAAGCGUUAUAGAAAUUGUAAGAGGGAGGAGCUUUAAAUGCAUAGUGUCAGCUUUAAACGCAACGUCGAGAGACUGUUCUUGAAAUAGAAAACAACGUAAAGCUAGGCAAAUACUAAACAUACUAGCCUAAACUGAACCAUAAACUUCAGUAAACUUUAAAUAACUAGACUUAAUAGACUUCACACAGAAAACAUACAAACAAUCAGCACAGGACAGCAAGCACAAGCUUAUCAUGAUGGCAACAGGUGUGGGGCAUAUAACAAUAGCAAGAUAAUUAACCCAAUUAACACCAAAGCAAACAAUGCCAAUGUGCUUCCACACAAAACAAGUAACGUUGUCACGAUCCUGACACAAGACUAGAAAAGCAUUAAUGAUAGAGGCAGGAUCGUGACAUAUGGUGAAAUUGUCAUAUUUUUGUCUUUAACCUCUUCUGUGAGUUCAAUUUGUUUUACAGAUAGUAAAAACACUUGAUGGAAUGUUGUUAGAUGACCAACUCAUUUAAUUGGUCAGCAUGACCACCGCUGAGCCGUAUGAACCCGUCCAGCACCACUGGUUCUACAACCAGCAGGUGGACUCUAGGGAUUCCUGGCAACCCUUCAGCAUUGAGGACUCACAGCGGCUGGAGGAUGCUCACAGUAGAGUAGGGAGAAGUGGAACAGAAGAAGUGGUGGCUACUGAAGGAAGAAGGUAUGAUGUCCAAUUACAUGAAAGAAAACGCUAUGCUGUGUACUGGGAACAAAAGCCUACAGAGGUCAGACGCUGCUCAUGGUUUUACAAAGGCAGCAAGGACGUGCACUUUUCUCCUUAUACCGAAGAACUCAGCGAUAUCCUAGAGGACGCCUACAUGAUUGCAGUUACCCUGAACGAAUGGAAAACAAAUCUGGAGCUUCCGACGGGAGAAAUUGUGAUCCUUCACAAUCCCAAGUUAAUGACACAGCAUCCAAACAGCUGUAAGGACUUCCCUCCUUCCCCGAGUGAACGGGCACAACCCAUAACACUAAAGAGAGGAAUUGAGAAUAUUUCAGUAGAGAUACCAGAGGGAGAGCCAGAGAUUGUAGACCACCUUGUUUUCAUGGUUCACGGUAUCGGUCCGGCCUGUGACAUUCGCCUCCGAAGCAUUGUCCAUUGUGUAAAUGAGUUUCGUAAUGCCUCCAACGGCCUUAUAAACAGUCGUUUCAGACAGGGUGAGAACACAAGCACCGCCGGAAGAGUAGAGUACCUUCCUGUCAACUGGCACCGAGUCUUACAUGGAGAAAGUACAGGAGUCGACAAAGACAUUGAGAGAAUCACACUACCUAGCAUCAGCCGCCUGCGUCAGUUCAGCAAUGACACAGUGCUGGACCUUUUCUUUUACAAUAGCGCUACAUACUGCCAGACCAUUGUAGAUACAGUAGCCUCUGAGAUCAACCGUCUGCACAGCCUCUUCCUGGAGAGACAUCCGCACUUCACAGGAAACGUUUCACUGGCAGGACACAGUCUAGGUUCAUUGAUCCUUUUUGAUCUCCUGACCAAUCAGGAGACAGAUUCAAGGGCCACUACUCAUGAUGAGAACCAUGACAUUGAGACAUCAUGCUGUUCCUUUGGGAACCUAGAGGAGGCGCUAAGAGGUCAGGGAUUAGAGGAGCAUCUCAGAGUACUGCAGAGGGAACAACUAGAUAUGGAGUCGCUGAUGCUCUGCUCUGACAAGGACCUGAAAGACAUUGGAAUACCUCUUGGUCCUCGAAAAAAAAUUAUGAACUGUGUGAAGACAUUGAAGCGCUCCAAAACUGGAAGUGGACAUGCAACCCAUUCACCAGGUCUGGGCAUGAGAAGUGCUAAUGAACAUCCCACCACUAGUGCAGUGGAUUAUCAGCAUUUUGAUGUUGGCAUUGGACAGGUAUCCAUCGAUUAUCCUCAGUUAGCAUUUCAUCCCCAGGCAUUUUUUGCCUUAGGCUCACCCAUAGGAAUGUUUUUGACCGUCAGAGGUCUAAAAAGGAUUGACCCAAAUUACAGCUUCCCUACCUGCAAGAGUUUCUACAACAUCUUCCAUCCAUUUGACCCAGUGGCAUAUCGGAUCGAGCCCAUGAUUUUGCCUUCGGAUGUAAACCUACCACCUAUGUUGAUGCCCCAUCACAAAGGCAGAAAAAGAAUGCAUCUUGAGCUGAAAGAGGGUUUGACUCGAGUCAGCUCUGACUUUCUGGGUUCCCUGCGCAUGGUCUGGCAGACCAUUUCUCAGGUGCCUACACCAGCACUUGCAGAGGGUGGAGUCAAUUCAGUGUCCCCUACAGAGGAACCAGAAGCCUCAGCAAUGGAAAACGAAGAAGGAAAGAUCACAAAGGUCGGGAUGAUGAAUCGUGGCCGACGCAUUGAUUAUGUCCUUCAGGAGACGCCAAUAGAGAGUUUCAAUGAAUACCUGUUUGCCAUACAGAGCCAUUUGUGCUAUUGGGAGUCAGAAGAUACGGCUCUGUUGGUUCUGAAGGAAAUUUAUAAAAAUUUUCCAGUGGCAUCUCCUCAGUCUUAGAUGUCCUGCCUUCAUUUUUUAUAAACCUGAUGUACUUACACAGUUUAAGGUCCAGUCAACUGUAAAUUAAAGACAUAAUUUCACAGUAAACUACUUAAAAUAUAUUUAAAAUCUGAAUUUCACCUAAACUUUGCCAAGUAUACUACAGGAUUUUUGCACUAAUUUCAAGGCAGGCUUUGAGACACCCGAUCCACAAAAUGUUUCUCUGUGCACCAAUGGGCAUACUAGAACCUUAUAUAUUCUAACUUAUUGUGACUUUGGUCAGUGCUUUUCUAAUUUUGAGAUUAAUUCCUUAAUACUGUAUUCCAAAUGUAUGUGUUUGUGAUGUUUUUAUUCAAAUUAAAUUCUUUUAACCUAAA